AUGAAGUUUUCGAGAGCAUGUUCAUUCGCUAUCCUUGCUGCUACUAUUAACGCAGCUGCUAUUAAGCCUGUUGAAACCAACAAUGUUCUCACCGGCUGCUCACAAGGUGAUGAUGAGACGGUUGUCGCGUUGACCAGAGGUCAAACUACAUUUGGUUUGAGUGAUACAUUGGAUGCCCUCUGGAACCAAUUGAUCCCAACCGCUGGUAGUGCUGAUGGCAUUUACAAGAGAGACUUGGGUGCAAUUCUUGACGAAUUGAAGCUCAAGAAGGAGAAAAUCGAAGAAGCCCUCGCUGCGUUGAUUACGGGUAAACUCGCCGCGAGCAAGGACAAGGUCGACGACAUCGCCAAGAUCUUGCAAAUAAGCAAAAGCGAGGCUAUUAGCUUGGGCUUGACCGAAGACGCCAAGGACUCGGACUUGGCCUUCACCUUGAGCAAAGCUCUUUCCAUCGAGAUCUCCAAGUCAUUCAGUUUCAGCAAGAGCGGCAAGAGAGACUUGGGUGCAAUUCUUGACGAAUUGAAGCUCAAGAAGGAGAAAAUCGAAGAAGCCCUCGCUGCGUUGAUUACGGGUAAACUCGCCGCGAGCAAGGACAAGGUCGACGACAUCGCCAAGAUCUUGCAAAUAAGCAAAAGCGAGGCUAUUAGCUUGGGCUUGACCGAAGACGCCAAGGACUCGGACUUGGCCUUCACCUUGAGCAAAGCUCUUUCCAUCGAGAUCUCCAAGUCAUUCAACUUCGGCAAAAGUGGUUAA